UUUUUUUUCUUUAAACUAAAAAAACAAAAAUACCAGCUCUUAUCUGGAUUAAAAAAAUAAGAAAGAAAAUUCGGGAUUGGUUCAGCCGUUAAGUCACCUCAGCCUGACACAAUAAUCUCCCCUCAUAGUCUCUGCCCAAUGCCUGCAUAUAUUAGGGUGAAAAUGGUGAAAGCAGCAGAAGAAGAACACCCAAAGAAGGCCUUCGGAUGGGCAGCCAGAGAUUCUGGUGGCCUCCUCUCUCCGUUUAAAUUCUCUAGGAGGGAAACCGGAGAGAAGGACGUAGCGUUUAAAGUGUUAUAUUGUGGGAUUUGCCACACCGACUUACACAUGACUAAGAAUGAAUGGGGGUUUUCUAUUUACCCUCUCGUCCCUGGGCAUGAGAUUGUUGGUGUGGUAACAGAGGUAGGAAACAGAGUUCAAAAGUUCAAAGUUGGGGACAAAGUUGGUGUGGGAUGCUUGGUGGGAUCUUGCAAUUCCUGUGAUAGCUGCACCAACAACCUAGAGAAUUACUGCCCCAAAAUGAUCCUCACCUACAGCGCUACCCAUCACGAUGGAACCAUCACCUAUGGAGGUUACUCCGACUUCAUGGUGGUUGACGAGCAUUUCGCUGUUCACAUGCCGGACAACCUACCUCUAGAUGCCUGUGCACCUCUCCUCUGUGCUGGGAUUACAGUUUACAGCCCCUUGAGGUAUUUUGGACUUGAUAAACCCGGUCUGCAUAUUGGUAUAGUUGGCCUUGGAGGGCUUGGACAUGUUGCUGUGAAGUUUGCCAAGGCAAUGGGGGUUAAGGUUACUGUUAUAAGUACCUCAGUUAACAAGAAGCAAGAAGCUUUGGAAAAGCUUGGCGCUGAUUCAUUUUUGGUUAGCCGAGAUCAAGAUCAGAUGCAGGCUGCUGUGAGCACAUUGGAUGGAAUCAUUGAUACAGUUUCAGCAACACACCCUUUACUGCCUUUGAUCGGUCUUUUAAAGACUAAUGGAAAGCUUGUCAUGGUAGGUGCACCAGAGAAGCCUCUUGAGCUACCAGUUUUUCCUCUGAUCUUGGGAAGAAAGAUGGUAGUAGGCACUAGCAUUGGAGGGCUGAAGGAGACACAAGAAAUGAUUGAUUUUGCUGCAAAGCACAACAUAACAGCUGAUAUAGAGGUUAUUCCUAUUGAUUAUGUAAACACUGCCAUGGAGCGUCUUGCGAGAGCAGAUGUUAAAUAUCGAUUCGUCAUCGACAUUGGAAACACAUUGAAGCCUGGCUGUUAAAUGUUUUGCAACCGUUUAAAGGGACGUUGAAGAUGUUAGAUUAUGUUUAAAAUUAUAACGAAUUAGGAUUAUGUUGUGUUUGAAUUUAGAUGUGUUCUAGAAGUCUAUAUAAUGACAUAUUUUAUGUAUUAAGUGUAGAAAAAAGAGUGAAAAAAAAAAAAAAAUGGAGACCCAAAAAAUGAAGUAGAAUGGUAUCGUAUAUUAGAGAGUUUGGCAAACUACUAUGAUACAUAGAGGUUGGCAAACUACAAUGAUCUAUGGAUUCCCCAUCUGUAUUAAAUUUCAAGGGGAAUCGCUUUCGGCUUGGCUUGUAGUCAUAGUCUUUUUUUAGACCAUGUAGUGGUCGGUCUUCCUACACAUGCGUGCUAGCCAGAAUGCCUCUUUGGUUCUGGGAUGCAUACGAAUUGCAAUAGACGAAGGAAAGACCCUAUGCAUUUGAUUGAAAAAAUGCUAUAUAUAUAUAUAUAUAUAUAUAAUGAAGAAAAAAAUAAAAUUGUUCUGUAUGCUAA